GGCUUGUGGAAUUCAAACCAAACAUAUAUAGAUAUAAUAUUCAUGAACGAUAGGUUGUGAAAUCCAGGGAGUGUAACGAAGCCAGGUUGUCGGGAACGAAAAUCACGUAGAAAUGGAUCUGUUUCUACCAAAAGAAGAAGGAUAGUUAACUGCCAACCUUAUACGUCUUUGAGGAAGUCAGAGAUCAUGUCAGCAAUUAAGUUAGCCCUGCAGCAGAGCCAGAAGAGUGGAAGAAGGAAAACCUCUGACGCGAUGUCUGCAGAGGUGUCGCCAGACUCCAAGUGUCCCAUCUGCUUGGACAUGUUUAACAACAUUUCAUACCUGGACCUCUGCCUGCAUAAGUUCUGUUUCCGUUGUAUUCAAGAGUGGUCCAAGAACAAAGCAGAGUGCCCUUUAUGCAAACAGCCAUUCAAUUCAAUCUAUCACAGUAUAAAAUCAGAGCAAGACUUUAAGAAGUAUGACUUGCAGCCAUUGAAUAAUGGCUCCUUUGGGAGUUUUGGGGGAGUGCGGUUUAGAUACCGCACAACUCUUACUGGAGUCCACCGGCAGAUGCGUGAAAGGACCUCUCCACCUCCAGACAAUGGAGUGAUGUUCGAAGCCUCAACAAUCCCUCCCCAGCAGCCCCAGGACCGUUACAUCCGGCGCAUGAUGAUGAGGUUGGCAGCCAAGAGGAGAGCUGCGAGUGAGGGCAGGGCCGUGAACAAUGUCAGAGAACAGGAAAUGAUCAACUUCAGGAGGGAACUGUACCGACGGGGGGUGAGGGUACGGACUGUUCGGGAUGGUGGCCGCUCGCGGGACACCACUGCUGAGUUCUAUCGAACAAAUCCUGCCUGCCUACAUCGACUGAUCCCCUGGCUGAAAAGAGAACUCAAUGUGCUGUACGGUUCCCACGGCUCUUUGGUCAACAUAGUUCAGCACAUCAUCAUGUCCCGCAUCACACGUUUCGACAUGGAGGAUGGGGCCAUUCAGGAAGAGCUCAGGCCGUUCAUCCAGGGGCGCACGGAGCACUUUCUUCAUGAGUUCAUCAGCUUUGCAAAAGCCCCCUUCAACAUGGAGGCGUAUGACCAGCAUGCUGUGUAUGACUGCCCAGCCCCUUCUUCAAAUGAAAACAGCAGUUCCAACUCAUCUGUAAUAGCCAUUUCAGAAGACGAGGAACAGUCUGCUGAGUUUGACCCACCUGGAGAAUCCAUGUCUACUCUGAGUCAAUCGGUGUGGGAUGAUGAGACGCCUGGGCCGUCGUAUUCCACGACAGCAGAGCAGAGCAGGGCAGAGCAUCUGUCAGUCCUCGACUCAGACUCAGACAGCAGCUUAGAGGAGGAGUCACAGGGGUUUGGGGCUUCUCCACAGCAAAUGCGCCCCCAUAACAACACAGACAUGACUCAGGGUGAAGGUAACAACGAAGAGUGUUUGUCUUCUGACAACGAUGACUGUGUCAUUGUAGGCUUUGUCAGGCCAACAUUUGACAGGACUCCCGAGCUGGUUAAGCUCUCCUCCGACUCUGAUGAAGAUACUAAGGAAGUGCCUCGUUUACCUCAACACAUCCGCUUCUCCAGUCUCAGUCCUCCAGCUUCGCAGAGUAGUGAUCCAAGUGGUGCUGGGCGGUCAGAAAAUGUAGAAACAGACCGCAAUCAUCGCUCUGAUUCAAAAGUAAGAUGUACCUCUCCAACAUUUAGUAAUCACAAGACAUCCAGUAAGUCAGACAGAAAAGACACAGAGGGAGGAUUUGUCGGCAAUGACAGAUCUAGGGAGAGUCACUGGUCAAAGGACCGAGACCAGAGGAGAAGGAGGAGGUCAAGUAGUCGAGAGCACAGGCCAUCCAGCAGGAGUCAGGCUGUCUCCCAGAGCAGCGUCAACACUCCAUCCAAGGAAAGAGGUUAUUCUUACUUGAGUGGCAGAGACUCGUACUCAAAACGUCACAGUCGUUCUAAAAGGAGGGACAAUUAUCAGAACUAUCAGUCAUAUAGACAUUACAGCCAAGACAGAAAUGACAGUGGGACACAUUAUACAGAGAAGCGGUCUUACUAUUACAGUAGUCGCAAUUACUCAGACAGGCACUCGUACUCUCGCUCCAGGAGCCGCAGCAGAGAUUCGCGGAGAAGGGGCAGGAGGCGUUCUCGAUCGUAUUCCAGUAGUUGCUCUCCUUCUGCUAAAAAGAAAUCCCACAAUGACAAGCCUGGUGGAAAGAGGAAAUACAAAACGAGGCAUUUGGAGGAACCGUCCAAAAGCACACUUCCCAAAGCAUAUCGUGAAGGUGACACCUCCACAUCAUCAUCAAAACACAAGAAAAAAAGCAAAGAGAAACAUCGAAAGAAAUCCAAAGAGAGGCAGAGUAAGACCAGAAGGAGCCUCAGCGUGGAGCUCGUCGACGACAAAAACGCAGAAGAACGGAGCAAACGGCAUCAUAAGAAAAAGAAGAAACACAAGAAAAAAAGCAAACGGCACAAGAGUAACGAGCGCACGGAGAAGCACUCGCCCACUGUAAUCACCAUUGGCAGUGACAGUGAUUCUCUUGCUGAUGACGGGGUCGCCCAGGACAGCAGCAAUAAUAAGGACAACGCUAUUGACAGUACCACAGGUGCCACUCUGGCCUCUCCAUCUUAAGCUGCUUUCUGACAAAACUAAAGUCCGGACAGUUUACUGAACUCUUUCCGGAGGGGCUGUAUGUGAGGAUGCAAAUGUCCGCAAGUGUUGCUUUAUACAUAGUCUGGAAUGUUUCCUGCCAGCCCCCCUAGUAAAAUUUCGGGAGAAUGUUCGAGUGAGCUCAUGUGAGACUACAGCAGGAGUGAGUGCUACCCGGCACCACCCCUCACCUGAGGGUCCAGGAAAUACUCCUGCUGUUGUGAACUCGUCUGACUCUGACAAUCUCCUGCUUGGUUCUUCAUAUGCGAACGUCAAACUCCACAAAAUGUCUGGACCCAAUUUCACAGAGUUCAUGUCUGAAAAAAGCUAUAGAGAGGUGGAGGUCCUGAUUCCCGCUGUGUCGAACGGGAACCGGUGGAUUCAUUCUCAUUGGCCAAUGCGUGGCAGCAAUAGUUUAGAUCAAAACCAUAUUCAGUGUGCUGAAACUCACCAGAGCUUGAAGGUUGUGGGGUGAAUACUCAUAUCCCUUUUAAAUAUCACAAGUUUUUUCACUGCUCAUUGGACACACACAUCUGUGUUAAACCGACGGGUGGUUAUCAUCAGAAAAAUUACUGUUUAUGUCUUUGACUGUGUUGGCUAAUGCCUAAAAUAAUGCGUUUCAAUGUGCAACAUGCCACUAUUUGAUUAGGCAGAAAAGAAUAAUAUUGGGAGUGUCACAUCUUUUAUUUUUUUAAACAAGUGUCAAUUCUCAUUCUGGAAAUUAAUUUUCUUAAAUGGAUGCAUUUUGUUUUGAAAGUGCUCUCAGGGAUAAGGUCGAGUACAGUGAUUAUUUUUUAUUGGUUAUAAUAAGUCGGCUAUAUUCUUUAGACAAAACAUUUCUACCUGUUGCUCAUGGAGCACAUCCUGUUAUCGGCAGACGGUGUUUAUGUUUCAGAAUGAGCUCUUUUCUAUCUAAUUUUAUUUAAAAUUAAAAUGUACUGAGAAACA